CGGAGUGGACAGCGGGCGGAGCGGAGCCGCGGGACGGAGCGGGCUCAGAGCCCGAGUCUCCGCGACUCGGCUCGGGACCCGGCGGCGGGGGCGGCGAUGUUCCACUGCAUCCCCCUGUGGCGGUGCAACCGUCAUGUGGAGACCAUCGACAGGCGCCACUGCUCGCUGGUCUAUGUCCCCGAGGAGAUCUACCGCUACGCCCGCAGCCUGGAGGAGCUGCUGCUGGACGCCAACCAGCUCCGCGAGCUGCCAGAGCAAUUUUUCCAGCUAGUCAAAUUACGAAAGCUUGGACUUAGUGAUAAUGAAAUUCAGCGGCUCCCUCCAGAAAUAGCAAACUUCAUGCAGCUGGUGGAACUUGAUGUGUCUCGAAAUGAUAUUCCUGAAAUUCCAGAAAGCAUCUCAUUCUGUAAAGCACUGCAGAUAGCUGACUUCAGCGGAAACCCACUGACUAGAUUGCCAGAAAGCUUUCCUGAAUUACAGAAUUUGACGUGUCUUUCUGUAAAUGACAUCUCACUGCAGUCCCUGCCUGAAAAUAUUGGCAAUCUUUAUAACCUGGCUUCCCUGGAACUGAGAGAGAAUCUUCUUACAUAUCUUCCUGACUCUCUUACCCAGCUGCGGAGACUAGAAGAACUUGAUUUAGGAAACAAUGAAAUAUAUAAUUUGCCAGAAUCAAUUGGAGCUCUCUUACAUCUAAAGGAUCUCUGGUUGGAUGGAAAUCAGCUGUCAGAAUUACCUCAGGAAAUAGGAAAUCUGAAGAACCUACUGUGCUUAGAUGUCUCUGAAAAUAGGUUGGAAAGACUUCCUGAAGAAAUCAGUGGCCUGACUUCAUUAACGGAUUUAGUCAUUUCCCAGAACCUACUAGAAAUGAUUCCAGAUGGCAUCGGAAAACUAAAGAAAUUGUCGAUCUUGAAGGUGGAUCAGAACAGACUCACACAGCUGCCUGAAGCAGUUGGGGACUGUGAAAGCCUCACUGAAUUAGUUCUUACAGAAAACCGGCUCCUGACUUUACCUAAGAGCAUUGGAAAACUUAAGAAGUUGAGCAACUUGAAUGCAGACAGAAAUAAAUUAGUGUCUUUACCAAAAGAGAUUGGAGGGUGCUGCAGCCUCACUGUAUUCUGUGUGCGUGACAACAGACUAACUCGGAUACCUUCAGAGGUGUCGCAGGCCACAGAGCUUCAUGUCCUGGAUGUGGCAGGGAACAGGCUGUUACAUUUGCCUUUAUCCCUGACUGCCUUGAAGCUGAAGGCUUUGUGGUUGUCUGACAACCAGUCGCAGCCCCUACUCACGUUCCAGACGGACACAGACCACACCACAGGAGAGAAGAUUUUGACCUGUGUCUUGCUUCCUCAGCUGCCUUCUGAACCUACUUGCCAAGAGAACCUCCCUCGCUGUGGGGCACUCGAGAGCUUGGUGAAUGAUGUCCCGGAUGACGCCUGGAAUGAGCGUGCAGUGAACAGAGUCAGUGCAAUCCGAUUUUUGGAAGAUGAGAGAGAUGAAGAAGACAAUGAAACGAGAACACUUCUGCGGAGAGCCACUCCACACCCAGGGGAGCUAAAGAACAUGAAAAAGACAGUGGAGAAUUUACGGAAUGACAUGAAUGCUGCUAAAGGACUGGAUUCAAACAAAAACGAGGUCAAUCACGCCAUUGACCGAGUGACCACUUCUGUAUAGAACUUCACCUCCGAGUUUUACCUCCCGUGUCUUCCCCUGCUGUUGAGAUCCUGUCUCCUCCCCAGGAGCCGCGCGUGGCCCUGGGGCUUCACCAGAACGUUGUGCGUGCCCGUCACCGCCCCGGAACGUGUGUGCGUGCCUGUCACCGCCCCGGAACGUGUGUGCGUGCCUGUCACCGCCCCGGAACAUGGGCGCGUGCGCAUCACGGCCCAGGCCGCACGCUGGGCUGCUGCUGUCCCCAUGGAAGUGCCUUAAUCCGGCUCCUCAGCCAGCCAGGGCACCAGUGCAUCCCCGGUAUGCCGCCUCUCCCCUGACUUCCAGUCAUUUGUCAUAAGUAGAAUACACUACUGUAAACGCCUGACCUUUGUUUCUGUCUUAUGUUGGGGUAAGGGAGCGCAGGAAGGGAAGUUUUGUUGAUCCUCCUCCCUCCCAUAAAGUGCUGGGACAUUUUGAGCCCAAGUUCUCUUGGACCUACUGAUGAGAGAUAGUUUUAUGUACGGCUCAUAAUUGAUCCUUUUUUAAAAAACUUUUUGGC